AUGUUCUAUAUUGAUAUUUUGUUUUCUCACACUUCUCUCCACUGGUUUAUUUUCUCACACUUCUCUCCUCUGGUUUGUUUUCUCACACUUCUCUCCACUGGUUUCUCUUCUCACACUUCUUUCCACUGGUUUAUUUUCUCACACUUCUCUCCUCCUGUUUAUUUUCUCACACUUCUCUCCUCCUGUUUCUUCUCUCACACUUCUCUUCUCUGGUUUGUUUUCUCACACUUCUCUCCUCUGGUUUGUUUUCUCACACUUCGCUCCACUGGUUUAUUUUCUCACACUUCUCUCCUGUUUAUUUUCUCACACUUCUCUCCUCCUGUUUCUUUCUCACACUUCUCUUCUCUGGUUUGUUUUCUCACUUCUCUCCUCUGGUUUGUUUUCUCACACUUGCUCCACUGGGUCACAACUUCUCUCCUCUGGUUUGUUUCUCACACUUCUCUCCACUGGUUUCUCUUCUCACACUUCUCUCCACUGGUUUCUCUUCUCACACUUCUCUCCUCUGGUUUUUUUUCUCACACUUUCUCCUCUGGUUUAUUUUCUCACUUCUCUCCACUUUCUCACACUUCUUUCCACUGGUUUAUUUUCUCAUUUUUCCUGUUUACACUUCUCUCCUCCUGGUUUCUGGUUUGUUUUCACACACUUCUCUCCUCUGGUUUGUUUUUUUCUUCUGCCCACUGGUUUAUUUUCUCACACUUCUGGUUUGUUUCUCCACUGGUUUCUCUUCUCACACUUUUGGUUUCUUCUUUCACACUUCUCCUCUGGUUUAUUUUUCACACUUCUCUCCUGGUUUAUUUUUUCUCUCCUCCGGGUUUUUUCUCACACUUCUCUCCUCUGGUUUGUUUUCUCACUUCUCUCCACUGGUUUCUCUUCUCACAAAUUCUCACACUUCUCUUCUCUGGUUUGUUUUCUCACAUCUCUCCUCUGGUUUGUUUUUCUUCCACUGGUUUAUUUUCUCACUUCUCUCCUCUGUUUGUUUCCUCACACUUCUCUCCACUUUCUCUUUCUCUCUCCACUGGUUUCUCUUCUCCACUUCUUUCCACUGGUUUAUUUUCUCACACUUCUCUCCUCCUGUUUAUUUUCUCACACUUCUCUCCUCCUCCUGUUUCUUUCUCACACUUCUCUUCUCUGGGUUUUCUCACACUUCUCUUUGGUUUGUUUUUCACACUUUCCACUGGUUUAUUUUCUCACACUUCUCUCCUCUGGUUUGUUUCCUCACACUUCUCCACUGGUUUCUCUUCUCACACUUCUCCACUGGUUUCUCUUCUCACUUCUCUCCUCUGGUUUAUUUUCUUCUCUUCUCUCCUCCAGUUUAUUUUUCUCACACUUCUCUCCUCUGGUUUAUUUUCUCACACUUCUCUCCUCUGGUUUGUUUUCACACUUUCUCCACUGGUUUCUCUUUCUCACACUUCUUUCCACUGGUUUAUUUUCUCACACUUCUCUCCUCCUGUUUACCACUUCUCUCCUCCUGUUUCUUUCUCUCACAACACUUCUCUCCUCUGGUUUAUUUUCUCACACUUCUCUCCUCUGGUUUAUUUUCUCACACUUCUCUCCUCUGGUUUGUUUCCUCACACUUCUCUCCACUGGUUUCUCUUCUCACACUUCUCUCCACUGGUUUCUCUUCUCACACUUCUCUCCUCUGGUUUAUUUUCUCACACUUCUCUCCUCCGGUUUAUUUUCUCACACUUCUCUCUCCUGGUUUGA